AUGUCUGCCAACAACGACAACACCUCCACUCUCAAGUCCUACGUCGACUCUGCCACCGGCGCUGCCCAGAACAUGCUUGGCUCCCUUACCGGAAACACCGCCGACCAGAACAAGGGCGAGGUCAAACAGAACAAGGCACAGGUUGAGCAUGAUGCUUCCCACGCCACGGCCAAGCUUCCCGGAUUCACUGCUACCGCCCAGGGCGUAAGCAAGGACGACCCCGACCGUGCCAACGGUUCCUGGAAUCAGACUGUUGGCUCCGCCAAGGAGACUAUUGGUGGACUUGUCGGCUCCGAGAACCUCAAGCAGCAAGGUCGCGAGCAGAACAUCGAGGGUCAGUCGCAGGAGGCCAAAGGCCAGUUGAACGACUACACUUCUGGCAUCGGCAACCGUGUCCAGGGUACUCUCGGUAGUGCCGUUGCUGGCAUCACUGGUGAUAAGGCUGGCCAGGAGCAUUACCAGGGUAUGCACGACACUGGCAAGGCUCAGCAGCGCGGGGCUGAGCACGACAUCCAGAAGCAGGCAGAGGCAAAGCAGUAA